UGGCCCAGUUAAUAAGUCAGUGUGGACUUAAACGCGUAUGAGGAAAGACCUAUUAAAAUAAUCAUAUUAUUUGGAAAGGGAAAUUAUUAUGCAAGAUAAUAAUUUCAAGCCCCUGCCAUGGCUUCUGGUGGUUAUAGCGGUCUUCUGGAGCUGGCAGCUAAAUGUUUUGGCCCUGCCGAAGAUCGAACCUCGUCACGAAACCUGUAACAAUGAACAGCGAUACGAAAACCAGGUGAUGUGCGAGGACAAGGAGUUUGGUGCCUUAGUGCCGUAUCCGGAUAAUUGUAGCUUGUUCCUGGUCUGUGACUGUCUCUACCCGACGGUGAAGCUGUGCCCCGCAAGUCUCUGGUGGGAUAAUAAGACUCAGCUGUGUAAUUAUCCCCAAGCAGUAGAAUGUAUAUACUACUCUAUUGAUACGCCAGAACCCACGGAUGGAACUACCAGAUUUACGCCAGAACCAACAUCCAGUACUCAGAAGAUAACGCCAGAACCGACAGAACCAUCAUCUAGUACGGCAGAGAUAACGACGGAAAGUACCACCGGAACCACUCCGCAGAUAACAACAGAAGCGUCCUCUACCCCAAACUACCCCCCAACAUCCAGUUGGGAUCCACCACCUGCACCACCUGGAAUUUCAGAUGAUUACUGUCGCAAUAAAGCCGAUGGGUCGCUACAUUAUUAUCCGUAUGACUGCCAGGCCUAUAUAAACUGCACUCGCAGCUGGCCUGUGCUAAACUAUUGUAUUGAAGACAAGGUUUUCAAUAGGUACCUGGGCAUUUGCGAUACUCCCGAUGUGGCGGAGUGCGAGGAGCUGCCUCUGCCCACAACCACAACAGAAAUACCGCUCACUUCAACGACUGAGGAGGAUGUGGCUUGCGGUCCAACGCCGGAUGGAAUUGAAGAGGAUUAUUGUGUGCCGAAGGGAAAUGGUUUCUAUGAGUAUCCAUACAACUGCAGUGGGUACUUGGCCUGCAAAAAUGGUUGCACAGACUUGGAGUACUGCCAACCAGAUAAACUCUUUAAUAACUGGCUGCACAUCUGCGAUACACCCGAUUCCGUGUGGUGUGACCCCAUGCCAUUCCCUACAACGCCGGGCACAACCGAAAACCCCACAUCUGCUUCAAUCACUACCACUCCUUCAAUCACUACAACUCCUUCAAUCACCAUAACUCCUUCAAAACCUACAACACUUCCUUCUGAUGGUUCAACUACCACCGAAAUUGCAACCACUACCCCUGCACUUCCCUCUGACGUCGAUCCAAAUGAUUGUAAAGGUGAAAAGGACGGCACUGUUUUUGCCUACAUAGGAAAUUGUUCCGAGUACUUGAUAUGUAAAGACAAUCAAGUGCAAAUGGAUCAUUGUCCACCUAAUACGCUCUUCAAUCCCGACUGGCUUCUAUGCGAUGAGCCAGAUGAUGUAGUGUGCCUUGGAGAUCGCACCACCACACCCAUUCCAACCACCACACCCACUACCACAACUGAAAAAACCACUCCUACCACGACUACCACCACAGAGGCCACAACUUUGGGACCCGAACAACUUUGCGAUGGUCAAGAGUUGGGAGCUUCUUUUUCUUAUCCGGAUGACUGCAGCAAGUAUUAUCUUUGCUUGGGCGCCGGACAAUGGACUCUGGCACCCUGCAUAUACGGCAGCUAUUUUGAUCCCAGCACAGGACAGUGUGGACCUGAUGUGUCACCCGAUGCUUGUAAGGCCUCACAAGUCCCCACCAGCACAACAACAACGACAGAGGCCACAACAACCGAAAAAGACACCACUCCCAAGUCUACAACUCAGUCUACAACCACUGAAAGGACAACCACAACUUUGGCCCCAAAAACUGGUAUUUGUGGUGGUCGAAAUGAAAACGAGAACAUUGCUUAUCCCAACAACUGCAACAAGUAUAUUGUGUGCGUUUCACCAAUUCCCAUUGCCUUCUUCUGUCCCGAUAAGACAUUCUUCAGUUCAACGUUACAGAAGUGCAUUGAUGAUUGGGAAGAAAGUGAUUGUGAGGGAGAUCAGAGCACCACGACUUUAGAACCAGGCUACACAAGACCUCCUCCAGAACCCACCAUGUGCACAAAUAGCAGUCGGAAUACUUUCCCAUAUCCGGAUAACUGUCAAUGGUUCAUACGCUGUGUGGAUGACUACAUCUACAUGAUGGACGUCUGCAAUUGUGGGGAGUACUAUGAUCCAAUUACUGAAAAGUGUGGAGCGGAUGUUCCUUCAGAUGCCUGUCGAUGGGAUUACAACUCGACCACAUCCACUACCAGUGAGCCGACCACAACUACAGCGGUUACGAGACCACCACCGCAGAAAGGACCAUGUGACGAUGUCGAGGAUGGUGCCCUUGUCGCCUAUCCCAACGAUUGCUCGAAAUAUAUUAAGUGCGAUAGACCCAUUGCUGUGGCCUUUGAAUGCGAAGAAGGAGAUGAAUUUAGUGUGGAGCUUGGAAAGUGUGUUGAUGCUUCACUUGCCAAUUGUUCGUUUACAACCACUGCUAAGCCAUCGACAACGACACCAAGAGACGGAGAAGGCUCAACAACGGCUUCUGAACCACCAACGGAAUCUUCUACAGAAUCCUCCACAGAAUCAUCUACCGAAUCAACAACAGAAUCAACAACAGAAUCAACAACUGAAUCAACAACAAAAUCAACAACAGAAUCAACAACAGAAUCAACAACAGAAUCAACAACAGAAUCAACUACAGUAUCAUCUACUGAAACUUCUGAAUCGCCCUCAACAAAUUCUACAACACCAGAAUCUUCUACAAUGGAACCGGGGACAACAACACCAGAAGGGUCAACUACUGCCAAACCGGCAGAGGGAAUUUGUGAAGGCAAGACAGACGAUUCUUUGGUACCCUACCCGAGAAACUGUAGCAAGUAUAUAAAGUGCCAAUACCCAAUACCAGUUGGUUACGAUUGUCCGGAUGGUUUGGAGUUUAGUCCCACGGAACUGACUUGCAUGGAUCCCGAACUAGCUGGUUGCAGUACGAAAUUAACCACUCCAGGGCCCACUACUUUGAGUACAGACGCUUCGUCUUCACCGGUAACUACAGUCUCAACAACACCCGAGACUACAACUACAGAAUUACCAACAACCCCAAAUACCACAACUUCCGAGUCAACAACAAUAUUACCAACUACCACAGAAUCAACAACAGAUUCAACCACUCCCGAAACAACUACCACAGAAUCUACGACAGUUUCAACAACUCCGCAGACAACAACCACCGAAUCAACAACUGAAUCUACAACUACAGAAUUACCAACGACCCCAAAGACCACAACUUCCGAGUCAACAACAAUAUCAACUACCACAGAAUCAACUACAGAUUCAACCACUCCCCAAACAACUCCAACAGAACCAACAACUCCCGAAACAACUACCACAGAAUCUACGACAGUUUCAACAACUCCCGAAACAACUACCACGAUAUCAACAACAGUCUCAACAACAACUGAAUCGACAACCACUGUGGCUACCCCACCAACUCUAGAUCCGUACACCCCCAAUAUUUGUUGUGGACAAGCUCUUGGAACUCUGCUCCCGUAUCCCAAUGAUUGCGGUCGCUAUGUCGUUUGUGACUAUCCCAUUCCAUAUGCCGUGGAUUGUGAUGAGGGAACGAUCUUCGAUGAUGAACUUCUUCAAUGCACCUCUACGCCCAAUGAAAGGUGUCUUUUCGUAGAAUUUUAA